AUGCUGCGUGGUGUUACAGUCAUCUGGGACUACCAGUAUGCUUGGAUCCCUGAGGGCUACGAUCUUCGUACCCUCAAGGCCAGCAUUGAAACUGCCCUCAAAAAAUGCAAUCCUGAUUUCUUCAUACAAGGGAAAGUGAUUGCAGUUGGGCAUGCCACGGGGGCUAAACAUCAAGCCAUUACCAUGCUCCCCCAUGACUUCCAACUCUCACCUGUCCAACAACAUAACCCUCGUACUCCAGACCCACAAGAUCAAACUGCUUUGAAGUUGGUUAUAGAGCUCACCCUGAGAGUUUUAAAGAUGAGGACUAACAUUUUGGUCAUUUCUGGAAACUAUGACCUGAUUCAUCCCAUUAACGAAUGGAGACGAAGCAAUGUUUUUAUGAUGUUGGCCGUACCUGAAAGCUCGGCAUCAAGCUUCUGCGACUGUGCCAACGUCACUUGGCUUUGGACUUCGGAAGAUCCUGAGAGGGCUGCUGCUACGAUGAUCAAUGGGGGUGGACCUAUCCCUCCUCAUUAG